CAAACCGCUCCCUGAACCCUCCCUCACGCUCCGUCUGUCCUGGGAAUUGGACGCCAUAAAUAGCCUUAUUCUCUUUUUCUCUCCUCUCUUCAAAUUCGGAUUGUGACCGCGUUUUCUCUACUCACAGAUCUCCGUCAUCCCAUUUCUCUCGCACGCAAUAGCUCUUAUCUCUCUCCAUCUCUCGCUUUCCUCUCUUCAAACCCUAACCCUAAUCCGAGCCGUAAUUCGUUUGAUCGAAAAUGAGAAGGCCGAGGGCGACGCCGAGGGGGAGGAAGAGGAAGGCUGCGGCGGAGGCGGCGAAGAGGGAGGAGGUGGGCGGCAGCAGCAGUGGCGGCAGCAAGUCGCCGGAAGAGCUCCCCAAGGAAUCCAAGGCCUCAACCAGAGGGAAGCGGGUCAAGGCCCCCGCCGCCGUCAAGCUUAAGACGGAGCCCGAGUUCUUCCCCGACAAGAGGAAUCUGGAGGAUCUAUGGCAAGCUGCCUUUCCUGUUGGAACUGAGUGGGAAAACAUGGAUAAACUUCGUGAGAUCAAUUGGAAUUUUUCAAAUUUGGAGAGAGCUUUUGAGGAAGGGGGACAGCUUCAUGGAAAGAAGGUCUACCUCUUUGGAUGCACCGAAGCUCAGCUGUUGGUUGUAAAGGGUGAACAGAAAGUCGUACUUAUUCCCAUUGUGGUAGCUGUGGUUUCUUCUAUUCCACCAUCAGAUAAGAUUGGUAUAAAAUCUGUUCAAAGGGAGACUGAAGAUAUAAUACCGAUGAAGGCAAUGAAAAUGGCAUGGGUUCCAUACAUUCCGCUAGAAAACCGGCAGAGUCAGGUUGAUAGAUUGAAUACUCAAAUAUUUACCUUGGCCUGCAGCCAACGAAGAUCUGCUUUAAAACAUCUGAAAAUCGAGCGCAUCAAACAAUAUGACUAUUGCCUUCCUUAUUUUCAACCUUUGAAAGCUGAUGAAGAUGAAGAUGAUACAGUUGUUAAUAUCAUGUUUCCGUUAGAACCACCGGUUGUCUCUGAUUUUGACUGGGAAUUGGAUGAUCUUGAGGAAUUCACUGACGAACUUAUCAAGGAGGAGGCAUUACCAAAUGAUCAGAAAGAUGCGUUCAAGGAAUAUGUAAAGGAGCAGGUUAGAGAACAGAAGAGAGCACAACGACAGGCGAAGGAAGCGAGAAAAAAAGCCAUUGAAGAUAUGGAUCCUGAGAUGAGAGCUGCAUUUGAGAACAUGCUGUUUUAUAAGUUUUACCCUUUACAAACACCAGAUACACCUGAUAUAAGCAAUGUGAAGGUACCGUACAUAAAUAGGUAUUAUGGUAAAGCUCAUGUUGUAAUGUAAUGGAACUCUGUUGAGCUGCUUUUCUUAAUAUUUGGGAAUCUCACUUUUGGCCGGACCUGCCUGUGGCUUCUGCCUUGAAGAGACCAGAAGCAAUUUUGAUUUCUGAGGUGGGGAGCGUAUCCUUUUGACCUUUUACAAUUGUAUCAAGAAUCUAACAUCAGUAGCUUUGUCUUCUGAUACUGCCAGUGGGCGAGAUUAGUUCCUGAUCACCCUCCUAUCUUGAUAGAGAGAAUCAUUUUUUUCUCUUUUAUAUCUAAGAUGGCUCAUGUAAGAAGUGGGAGGGCGGUGAUGGUUUUUUUUUACAUGCUGAGAAAGGGUCUGUAAUUUCUACAUAAAUAUUUUAAGAUGUGUUGCAAGGCAUUUCCAAAGAUUUCCACAAAUUGUGGAAGUCAAUAAAAUUAGCUGUGACCUUCAAUCCUUUUA